AUGGCGCAACGGUUGCUCGGCAGUCUCGCGCUCGCGUCGCUUGUGUCGGCGUCGUCGUUCUGGGGUCGCAUCUACUUGCGCGAUGGCAUGGCGCCGAUCCAGUACUUCAAGGACACGUACGGCGGCGCGGUCCCGACCGACGAACUCCAGCUCGUCUUCCCCACCAACGCACUCGGCUGCACGCCGUUCAACGAGGACGACCAGUGGCUCAUCCAGAACGGCUCGGUGGGCGAAACAUACGUCGUCCUGGACCGCGGCAGCUGCACCUUCGACAUCAAGUCCAUGCACGCCCAGGCGGCGGGCGCCGCCGGCGUCAUCCUCAUCAGCACGGAUGAAGAGAGCGUCCGGCCGGUCGCCCACGUGCCGGCCGGUGAAAUCACGAUCCCGACGGUCAUGGUGCGCCACAGUGCAGGCGACCUCUUUCGCGCGGCGGCGGCGCGCCAGGCAUUGUUUGGGAAGCUCGUGCCCAUGGCGUGCGAGAACUCGGUCUGCCACCCCGAGACCACCAGCGACGCGGAGUUUAUGCGCCUUGUGGGCAGCGGCGUCAUGGCCUAUGCGGACGGCACCAAGUUUGACUUUUUGGCCGCCACCUUUGGCGGUCCGCUGGUCAGACACCCACUGCAGCUGGCCGUUGCAUCGCCUGCGCACGCCUGUGAACCGAUGAGCGCCGACGUUGCUGGCCACGCCGUGCUCGUGGCACUCGGCGGCAACUGCACCAUAUUGGCCAAGGUCUCGGCAGCCCAGGUCGCGGGUGCUACCGCUGUCAUUGUCGCUCAGCGCGAAGACGCGCCGCUCGCGUCGCCGUCGGUCGAGGCGCCGUGGCAAGCGUACAACAUCACGAUCCCGACGAUCAUGGUGUCGCAUGCGACGAGCAGCCGCCUCCAGCUGCGCCUCCAGGAGGUGCUGCACCUCGAGACAGACCCAACGGUCGCUGAAGCGUGGGUGGCCAUUCGGUUCCUCCAAGAACUCUCCAAGUGGCCGUCCAAAAAGAGCCGCCGCGAAGCCUUCCUCGCCGAGAUCGUUGCCACUCACGGCGGAACCCAGGAGCGCCGCGACGCUAUCCGCGGGUUCUUCAUCAACGUGGCCGGCGGCUCGCCCGCGGCGUGGGACAAGCUCUUCGCGCCGGCAAAAGACGAGUUAAUCUGCUUUAGCCGCAGACGCCGCCACCGCAGCCGCCGGUCGCGACCCAGCUCGCGCCCGACUCCUUCGUGA